GAUAAGAUUGCAUGAGUUUAAAAUAUUUCCUGAUGUGCUAAUAGUAGUGCAGAUCAACUUCCUGUUUUAAAUGUCGUCCCUUCUUCAUGCAAUUUAUAUUCUAUUUUGACAUCGCACGUUGUUUGCAUUUCGUAGGAAGUGGAAAAAGUGAAAGCGAGCUCAGAAGCACACUGAACUGAUCUGUGUCUGUAUUUAUCAGGUUCAAUGGCCGGCGUCUCCUUAAUUUUGUUUCUUCUGCUUCUAUCAUCAAUCAAAUUAAAAGCGAAUUCUUCGGAAUGUGUGAGAAAAGAAAAACAUCUUGCUAUUUUAGCCCUGGCGGAAGAAUCGGUUUCAAAAGCAAGACAGCUUCAUCCAGAUUGUGCUGAAGAUGAUAAUCUUUCAAAUUCCAGCAAUUGCUGUGAAACUGACAGAAUAGCAGCUAACUUGGAUAUUGCUCUGAAUUUGAUGACAAAAGUUAAGGAAAAUUAUCCAGACUGUGGUGGAAAAAAUUAUGUUACUAACGAAGAAUACUCAUCUUCAAACCCAAGUGAAUGCACUCUUAAUGAUGAAGAGCUAGAAGAUUUAAUGGGAAUUAUAACGCCUCGGUCCAAGGAUGAUUCGACAAACUGCGAUCCCAAAACUGUGAUUAUCAAUAAUACUCAGACUAUAUGGCUGUAUAAAAAACCCAUGGACUGUUCUGAAAUCUUAGAAAAUGGAAACAACAAGAGCGGCUUGCACAGAGUUUGGUUGAGGAAUCGCAUCUUGAAAGGCAAGGGCGUCCAAGUAUUUUGUGACAUGGAUACUGACGAUGGGGGUUGGACGGUAAUUCAGAGGCGUGGCCGAUUCGGUAACAGUGAAGAUUACUUCGAAAAAAAAGUGGGAGGAAUACAAACACGGAUUUGGAAGUUUAACUGAAGAAUUUUGGCUUGGAAAUGACAAGAUAUUUGCUCUCACUAAUCAGGGCCAAUAUUCUGUGAGAUUCGAUAUGGUGGAUAUCAAUGGAACUUCUGCAUUUGCUGAAUAUAAAAUAUUUUGGGUAGAAAAUGAAGAAAAUAAAUACAAAUUGCACAUUUCGAAGUACAGUGGAAAUGCAGGUGAUUCCUUAUCAACUCACAGCGGAGCACAUUUCUACACCGUCGAUCAUCUCAAUCAACCAAAAGAAUCCAAACCAGAAUGGAAAAGAUCAGGCGGUUGGUGGCUUAACCACAUCAUGACUACCAGCUUGAAUGGUCUGAACAUCUUAGGAACGGACAAAUCGCAGUCAAGGGAUGGCAUCACAUGGCUCACUUUUGGAGGUUUCCAGAAUUCUCUGGCAUUUACUGAAAUAAAAGUACGACCAAAGAAGUUUAAAAUUUAGAAGAGAGAAAGACAAGAAAGGCGCCAUCUGGUUUUCAAUAUAAUACUAUGUAAAAUAUCCGGUACUCUUAUUAGAAACUUAAAGGAUGCAAGUAGCGGCGCAAUGCUAAUUACUGUUAUUACUUUAAAGACUGAAAUCCUAAUUCAAUGGUGUAAUAAUAGUUUAUUAUACAAUAUAUUGCAUUACUUGUCUUUGCUACAUGGCUAAACACAUUUUCGGUUUUCUCUACUUUUAGAAGAUUGUAAAUUAAAAUUUCCUUCUUAUUUAUUAAAUGUCUUUGACACCAUUUUGGUGCGGAUCGUCAAACAAUUCAUUAUUUUUAGUUAGCAAAAACACAUUUGCUAAAUUUGGCAGAAAUUGCUGUAGCUUUUCUACACACACAUGCUUAUUGUUUGACAACGGACUCUGAAAACCUUAAGCGCUUUUGCGUAUGCGUUAGGAUGGGUUUAAUUCGUCAAAAUAAGGGUGAGAGCUUACAUUUAAGAAUAAAAUAAAUUCGGAUUACUCGCAGACUGAAUUAAAAUAAUACGGGCAGGAAAAAAAAUUGAACAAAAAAGUAUCCAAUAGGGCAAAUAUCAAGAUCAAAGAAUGAAUUCCGAAAAUGCGCUCAUCCUUUCACGUCUCUCCCUUUAAUGAGAUAGAAUCGUCGAAAAGUGUUCCGCUUAGAAUUCUGAAACGAGCAGUAAUAGGGUUCCAAACAGUUCAUCAGAAACUACACCACAUUUUAAAAUUCGAAUUGAAGUCAUUUUUUGUAUGCAUUUUUACAUGUAUUUAAGCGACUUACUCCUAUCUUACUUAAAGGUGGGAAGGUGAAUUGAGCUUUUUUUCCAAACAGCAUUUCUAGUUAUCGAGCAAAAAACAUAAACAGAUUUCAAGAAAAGUCAUUUGGAAGUAAUGAUAGGAAAAUAAAUUCACUGCAGACCAUAAUUUUGUCUUAUUUCUUGUCAUUGUUACGUAAUAUGUUUAA